CGGACGGCGCGGACCCGCUGCUGCUGCUCGACGGCUUCAAGGGCGUCGAGAGGGUCCUCGCCUCGCGCCGGCUCGACAUCCUCAAGCUCAACCUCGACGAGCUCCUCGCGCUGACAGAGAGGAGCGACGCCGACGCCGCCGCCGCCGAGCUCUUCGCCACCGUCCUCACCCGGCCGGGAUGCGUGCUGGCCGUGACCGACGGCCCGCGUCCCGCUCUCAUCUUCCUCGCGGGCGGCGGCUCCGCCUCGCUGCGCGUGCCAGAGAUCCGCUGCGUCAACGCCAUCGGCGCGGGCGACGUCUGCACCAGCAUCUUCCUGUACCAUGCGGCCGUGGCGCGCGAGGCGGGGCCGCUCGACCUCGACGCUGCGGCGUCCGCCUUUGCGUGGGGCCUGGCCGCCGCGUGCGCGCGCUGCCUGCAGGAGCUUCCCACCUUUGAGCAGGCGGCCGUGCACGCGAUGAGGGAGAGGAUCGUGAUCGAGCGCCGAGGCUAG